UUUUCUAAAAAUCCAUAAUGGUUUCUCCCGUAGAAGCCAUCGUAGGACUAGUAACUCUUACACUUCUCUUCUACUUCAUACGGACCAAAAAAUCUCAAAAACCUUCAAAACCAUUACCACCGAAAAUCCCCGGAGGGUGGCCGGUAAUCGGCCAUCUUUUCUAUUUCGAUGACGACAGCGACGACCGUCCAUUAGCACGAAAACUCGGAGACUUAGCUGACAAAUACGGCCCGGUUUUCACUUUUCGGCUAGGCCUUCCGCUUGUGUUAGUUGUAAGCAGUUACGAAGCUAUAAAAGACUGCUUCUCUACAAAUGAUGCCAUUUUCUCCAAUCGUCCAGCUUUUCUUUAUGGCGAAUACCUUGGCUACAAUAAUGCCAUGCUAUUUUUGACAAAAUACGGACCUUACUGGCGAAAAAAUAGAAAAUUAGUCAUUCAGGAAGUUCUCUGUGCUAGUCGUCUCGAAAAAUUGAAGCACGUGAGAUUUGGUGAAAUUCAGACGAGCAUUAAGAAUUUAUACACUCGAAUUGAUGGAAAUUCGAGUACGAUAAAUCUAACCGAUUGGUUAGAAGAAUUGAAUUUUGGUCUGAUCGUGAAAAUGAUCGCUGGGAAAAAUUAUGAAUCCGGUAAAGGAGAUGAACAAGUGGAGAGAUUUAGGAAAGCGUUUAAGGAUUUUAUAAUUUUAUCAAUGGAGUUUGUGUUAUGGGAUGCUUUUCCAAUUCCAUUGUUCAAAUGGGUGGAUUUUCAAGGCCAUGUUAAGGCCAUGAAAAGGACAUUUAAGGAUAUAGAUUCUGUUUUUCAGAAUUGGUUAGAGGAACAUGUCAAGAAAAAAGAAAAAAUGGAGGUUAAUGCAGAAGGAAAUGAACAAGAUUUCAUUGAUGUGGUGCUUUCAAAAAUGAGUAAUGAAUAUCUUGAUGAAGGCUACUCUCGUGAUACUGUCAUAAAAGCAACAGUGUUUAGUUUAGUCUUGGAUGCUGCGGACACAGUUGCUCUUCACAUGAAUUGGGGAAUGGCAUUAUUGAUAAACAAUCAACAUGCCUUGAAGAAAGCGCAAGAAGAGAUAGAUAAAAAAGUUGGUAAGGAUAGAUGGGUAGAAGAGAGUGAUAUUAAGGAUUUGGUAUACCUCCAAACUAUUGUUAAAGAAGUGUUACGAUUAUAUCCACCGGGACCUUUAUUAGUACCCCAUGAAAAUGUAGAGGAUUGUGUUGUUAGUGGAUAUCACAUUCCUAAAGGGACUAGACUAUUCGCGAACGUUAUGAAAUUACAGCGCGAUCCUAAACUCUGGUCAAAUCCUGAUAAGUUCGAUCCAGAGAGAUUUUUCGCUGCUGAUAUUGACUUUCGUGGUCAACACUAUGAGUUUAUCCCAUUUGGUUCUGGAAGACGAUCUUGUCCGGGGAUGACUUAUGCAAUGCAAGUGGAACACCUAACAAUCGCACACUUGAUCCAGGGUUUCAAUUACAAAACUCCAAAUGACGAGCCCUUGGAUAUGAAGGAAGGUGCAGGAUUAACUAUACGUAAGGUAAAUCCUAUAGAAGUGGUAAUUACGCCUCGCCUGACACCUGAGCUUUAUUAAAAUCUAAGAUGUUUUAUCUUGGUUGAUCAUUGUUUAAUACUCCUAGAUAGAUGGGUAUUCAUCUAUCUUUUUAAAAUUAAUUGUCAGUACGAGUGUUUCUAAUUUGGUAAGUUUGUAACAACAAGUAAAGAAGGAUUGUGCUAGUAUGUAUGUGCAGAAAAUAAUGGAAAUUGUGUACAAUUGGAUAAGGGAACACAACUAUCUAUGAGACGAAAAGGUACACGUAAAAGUAAAAGAAGAAAUUUGUCACCGACUGCUACAAAAAAUCUAAGAAAACCUUUCAGAAAAGUCUAAUUGUAUGAGGAGCUCUACCCCUAUUUCAAUUAAAGUCUCCCCUCCCCUUUCUUUCUC